GCAGGAAACUAGAAAUGUGUCUGCAGCCCCAAUGGUCCCUGCAAUUUCCAAUUACGAGGGAGAACUGGAUUUUACCCUGAAAUUUAACGAAUCCGGUACAGCCAAGAGCGUCACCUCCACGUUUUCAGAAAAGUUAACCAAACUAUUCUGCCAUCUGGCCAAGACAACUCCGACUGGGAUUUUGGUUAAGAAGGAGCCUCCGCCGGGCGCCGUCAUCAGAGCAACGGCCGUGUAUAAGAAGACUGAGCAUGUGGCCGAAGUCGUCGAGAGGUGCCCACACCACCAAAGUGAAGACACGUCCGACAACCGGAGCCAUCUGAUCCGAGUGGAGGGCAGCCAGCUGGCCCAGUACUUUGAGGAUCCGAACACCAAAAGGCAGAGAGUGACCGUGCCUUACGAACGCCCACAGCGGGAAUCUGAGAUGACGACCAUCCUGCUGAGCUUCAUGUGCAACAGCUCCU